CCAAGAUGAUAGAAGCCAGUCUCCUCCGUGAGAUCCUGAACGGCGGCUAACGCCUCGCUGGUCGUCGCUCUCUAAAUAUACUUUUCUCAUGUUAUUUCGUCUUGACGCCGAGAUGCCCAGCUUCGAAUAAAGCGACCUUAUUUUGUCUUCUAUCCCUCAGUCUUGACCCAAAGUUUACUGCUUGCAUCUGCUUCUCGCCCUGCUUACAAUUCCUGUGCAUUGCAAUUCAACAUCUGUCCAUCUGUUCGUCUGUUCUUCGGUCCCCGUCUGCUUGGUUGACUUGAAGUGUCAUGUCGUAUCCACCACCACCUGGCUCAGGGCAGCCGCAUGGAGGAUACUAUCCUCCACCUCCAGACAACAGUCAAGCAUUCCCUCCUCCACCGACUUCACCUCCAGCCAACGUCAACUACUUCCCUCCACCACCGUCAGGACAAUCCCCUCCUCCCAAUCCCGCCUUUCCCCCCCCUCCCAUCUCAUAUGUAUCACAAACACCGUCCCCUCCUCCUCUUCGACAACCCACGGCGCAGCGUCCCUUCAAUUAUGGCGCGGUUCCUGCCUCUGCCCCGGCUCACAGAACGACCUUUGACCAUUCUGCGAUUCACAACCGGCAACCUUCCUACAACGGAACAUCCCAGACCGAACCCGGAGCCUCUCCUCACCCAGACAAGUCGGUCACGUCUCCACGGUUGCAAAAGCUGACACAAGAGAUGGCAAAUGUCAUGAAGGCACCGACAGGACCACGCAUGCCAGGCGUGCCAGAAGGGGAGCAAUUUGUAGGCGUACAGGCUACAUCGUCAGACGAUGUGGGAACAUUCAAUGGCGGCUCCUACCGCAUUUCACAUCGGGAUUCAAACUCCAUUAUCACGAUACAACUUGCCAUGGGCUGCCCACUUACCGUCAAGCCAGGCGCCAUGAUCGCCAUGUCGCCCUCCAUAACGCUGAAAGGAGCGAUCAAGUUCAGCAUGAAGAAGUUGCUGAUCGGAGGUGAGAUGGCCCACUCGACUUUUACCGGGCCUGGUGAAUUACUCCUUGCUCCUAGCACGUUGGGGGAUUUAACGAUGCUUCGGAUGCAAGGGAACGAGACGUGGAGUGUCGGGCGAGAUGCGUUCCUGGCUUGUACGCAGGGUGUUGUCAAAGAGUACAAGAACCAGGGUUUCAGCAAAGCCAUGUUUUCUGGUGAAGGAAUGUUCGUCUACAAAAUAUCCGGGACAGGCUUGCUAUGGAUGUCCUCUUUCGGUGCAAUCCUGAGAAAAGAUCUCGUCGAAGGCGAGCGAUACAUUAUAGACAACGGCCAUCUCGUGGCCUGGAAUUGCAAAUAUGUCCUUGAACGUGUCGCAAGUGGUGGUAUCAUAUCUGGCCUUUCUAGCGGAGAGGGUCUGGUCUGCAAAUUCUCAGGCCCAGGGACGGUUUAUAUGCAAACAAGGAACCCCUCAGCGUUUUCGGCAUACAUGAGCGGUCAAACAUUUCGAGAAUGAUUUAUGGGACCAUUUUUAAUUAGCAUCUCAAACAGCGAGCAUGAUGGUCUGAAACGAGAAUCUAAUCUUGGAUACUUGAAGCCUUUUCUUUCAUUCCAUAAAUGAAUCUUCAUGGCACAAGGCUCGCCUUGAAACUAUGGAACAUGGUUCCCCAUCAUUCUGUCAAGGGGCCUUAGCAGACCAAUUCAUGAUCAUCAAAGUUUCGUCCUCAAUG